AUGGCCACCCUUAACUCAUCCUCUACCACUGGCACCACCCCCACCCCUGGGCACAAUGCCCUGUCCCUGCCUCCGGACACCUCCUCCCCUGUCAACCCCGCUGAUCCUGUCACCAAAGAUGCCCCUGCUGCCCCCUCCACCUCUGCGAGCAUGAGGCCCUCAGAGCCAGGGGGACAGGCCCCAGAGUCGGGCUGUGGCCUCGUCCCACCAAAGGAGACUGGGGAGCCCCGAGAAGAGCCUGGCUGUGGUGGCCUCUCCCCAAAGGACCUAGGAGGGCAAGACGACAAGGAGCAGGAGGAGGAAGAAGGAGAAGGGCUCCCUCCCGUGGACCUAAGCAACCAUUUAUUCACAGCUGGUGGUGAGGCCUACCUAGUGGCCAAGCUGUCCCUGUCAGGUGGCAGUGAACUCCUGUUACCAAAGGGCUUCCCCUGGGGCCAGGUGGGAAUCAAGGAAGAGCCCGGCUUGCCCCUCCUUGCCCACCUACCCUCUGCACACCUCACUGCCCUUCACAUCCAAUGUGGCUUUGACCCAAUCCAAGGCUUUAGCUCUUCUGACCAAAUUCUGUUCCAUGAUAUCUCAGCGCCAUCUCUGGCCACCUGUGAGGGAAGGGAUGGAGUCUUCUGGAGCUACCAACUGGUUCCAAACCCACCUGGAGAUCCCAAAGAUGGCCCUAUGGGGAGCAGGGGAGGAGACCACAGGGUGCUCUUCUGGCUCUGCCUCAUAUGCCGCCUGGGUUUCAGCAGGGCCCAGGCCUUUGUGGGUCACAUACAGUCUCAUGGGGUGAAGCUAACCCCCGCCCAACAUCUGGGCUUGCCCAGUAGUGCAGCUGUGCUUCAGGCAGGAGAUAAGGGCUGCGUGGCUCUCCUAAGCUUUCUGGAACCAAAACCACCUGUUUAUGGACUACCUGUCCCUGGGUCUCUUAGGGACAGGGAUAGAGGAACCAAAGGUGGAAGGGAACAAUCACGACCACCCUGCAAAAACAAAUCUGGGAAUGUUUCCCCUGCCUUGUUCUAUGAACAAGAACUGCUUCUGAACUUGUGGCCCCCUCCCCAGGCUCAGGAAGGCACAAGUUGA